GGGAUUGGAUUGAAAGCCAUUUGAGAUAGAUGCAAAAUAAAGACGGUGAGCAGAAGAGAUGAUCCAGACAUGGAUGUUGUUCAGUCAUCUCCACUGUCUCUCCAACGCUAAUAUAAAAAGAUUGUAUUUUGUUCCUCAUUUCUGUCAUUUCUUUCAUUGUUCUUCUUUCUCUCCCUUUCUCUACAGGAAGAGGACGAGGAAGGGGAAGUGGAGCACAUGAGGAAGGACGAGGGGAGGAAUGGACGGAUAGAGCCGUUGGGAAGGGCGGACUCGUCGCUGGAACACGCCGCCAUGUUGGGUUUAGAUGCGAUGCUGAAGCCGGUGGAGGUGGGCAACGAAGGAGGGCCCCUGGGGAUCCACGUGGUGCCGCUCAGCUCUGUGGACAUCAGGACCAACGGCCUUCUGGUGAAGCGUCUGGAGCGGGGUGGCAAGGCCGAACAGGAGGGCCUGUUCCAGGAGAAUGACUGCAUCGUGCGCAUUAACAAGGCGGACAUUCGACACCUGCGAUUCGAACAAGCUCAGAACAUGUUCCGGCAGGCCAUGCGGACCCCGCGCAUCCUCUUCCACGUGGUGCCGGCUGCCCUCAAGGCCCAGUACGAGAUGCUGUCGGCCCCGGCCCCGGCCUCGCUCGCCUCGCCCACCUGCAACCGGGUCCGCUUCAGCCAGGACUCCCAGCGUCCGCCCGGCGACCGCUCCAGCGUGACCCCCCCGGGGGGCGGGGGCCUGGAGCGGGCCCAGCACAGGACGUCCCGCACCGGGCCAACCCCGAACGCCCCCAAUCACAACAGCCACCAGCUCCCUCUGUCACGGAGCACCCCGGAGCCCGGACCCCGCUACUCCACCGGCCCCCCGGCGCUGGUGGUGCGGACACCCCCGGCCCCCCCGGCCCCCCCGGCCCCGUCGCCCUCCCUGCAGCGCAGGGUCAGCAGCAGCCUCUCCACCGGCUCCUACUCCAUCAAGUCCGGCCGCAGGCUCCAUGUGAAGCUGAGGAAAGGUCCCGAGGGCCUUGGCUUCAGCAUCACCUCCAGAGACGUCCCCAUCGGCGGCAGCGCCCCCAUCUACGUCAAAAACAUCCUCCCACGUGGCGCUGCCAUCCAAGAUGGCCGCCUGAAAGCUGGUGACAGGCUGUUAGAGGUGAACGGUGUGGAUCUCACCGGUAAGAGCCAGGAGGAGGUGGUGGCCCUGCUCCGUGCGUCCCCCAUGGAGGGGACAGUGGGCCUGCUGGUGCUCCGCCAAGAAGACCCCCUGCUGCCCAGAGAAGUGCAGCCGGACGACGAGGACCUGAUGCUGACGCCCGACGGCACGCGGGAGUUCAUGACCUUUGAGAUCCCUCUGAGCGAGUCGGGCUCGGCCGGCCUGGGGGUCAGCGUCAAGGGCAACCGCUCCAAGGAGAGCCACGACGACCUGGGCAUCUUCGUCAAGUCCAUCAUGAACGGUGGCGCGGCCUGCAAGGACAGACGCCUUCGCGUCAACGACCAGCUGAUCGCCGUCAACAGCGAGUCUCUGCUGGACAUGACCAACCAGGAGGCCAUGGAGAACCUCCGCACCUCCAUGUCCGUGGAGGGCAACAAGAGGGGGAUGAUCCAGCUCAUCGUGGCGCGACGGGUGGCCCAGAACAACGAGGAGGCCCCUGGCAGCCCGCCGGUGCUGGAGCAGUCUCUGAGCUCGCUGUCUGACGACCGAGAGCGGUGCAUCACGCACUCCCUCUACGGCACCAUCGCCGGCCUGGACGACGUCUCGGCGCCGCGCGGCACCUCCCUCGGACGCAUGGCUAACUUCCAGCUCUCCCCCACUGUCAACAUGCCCCAGGAUGACAUCGUCAUGAUCGAAGACGAUAGGCCGCCCAUGCUUCCUGUCCACCUCUCCGACCAAUCGUCUUCGAGUUCCCACGAGGACAUGGGCUUUGUGGUGGGGAACCAGGUGCCCUGGAUCCACGAGCUGCCCAGUCACAAUGAAUGCUCGCUGAGCCCGGACACGGACGCAGACGGCUCCUUCCAGCGGGAGGGCUUCGGGCGCCAGAGCAUGUCGGAGAAACGCACCAAACAGUUUGAGAACCCCGCCCAGCUGGAGAUCGUCAAGACGCGCAAGUCCAAGAGCAUGGACCUGGUAGCUGAUCUGCCUAACUACUACCCCUGCUCAGCAAGCACCAGAGGAACCUCGGAACAGGAAGUGGGACCCUCGCUCGGCCUGAAGAAGUCCAGCUCCCUGGAGAGCCUCCAGACGGCCGUGGCGGAGGCGUCGCUCAACGGCGACAUCAACGUGCACAGGCCACGCCAACAUAUCAAUCGGGGGCGGGGCUGCAACGAGAGCUUCCGGGCAGCCAUCGACAAGUCGUACGACACGUCCGUUGCCGUGGCCACAGAGGAGGACAUCGGAAUGGAGACGUUGGACGAGGACACAGAGGGCAGCACCCGCUCAGGGAGGGACUCCCUCUCCACCACGGGGGACCCCCACUCCCCCGUGUCCCUCGGGCCGGGGCGUCGUCCGCAGGACGACGGCAGGCUGCAGCCCCCGCCCCCGGAGCAACGCAGCCGGAGGAAGAAGAAGAAGGAGCCGGAAGCAGAGGAAGAGUCAGUCGAUGGAUCGGGGAAGAGCCCCAUGGACGGCAAAGAGCGGGAAAAGGGCCGAGGCAAGAAAGGUGUGCUGAAGGGCCUGGGCGACAUGUUCAGGUAAGGACAACGAUGAUGUCUGACCAACCCGCCCCCCUCCCGACCCACCCUACCUCCCUACA